CUGGACAGGGGCUGGUCCAGUCGCCUCGCCGUUGCCCGGAGGACAGCAGGUCUGGCACAAAGAGAGAGUCUGCAGCCCGGGAGCCUCACGCACAUCUCCCUCUGAGGCCAAAUGUUUUCUGCCUGGAAGAGUCCAAUGUUCCGGGCCUUUUAUGAGGAACCCGUGCCCACCACAGCCUCUUUUGGCGCCGAAAUGCUCAACGCCACCUCGCAGGUCCUCGCGCCCGCUCUCAAUGGGACGCUGUCCCAGAACUGCGUCUACAGCGAGUGGUGGAGCUGGCUCAACACCAUCCAGGCUCCCUUCCUCUGGGUCCUGUUCGCACUGGCGGCCCUCGAGAACAUCUUCGUCCUCAGCGUCUUCCUCCUGCACAAGAGCAGCUGCACGGUGGCCGAGAUCUACCUGGGCAACUUGGCCAUGGCCGAUCUGAUCCUGGCCUGCGGGCUGCCCUUCUGGGCCAUCACCAUCGCCCACAACUUCGACUGGCUCUUCGGGGAGGUCCUCUGCCGCGUGGUGAACACUAUGCUCUACAUGAACCUCUACAGCAGCAUCUGCUUCCUGAUGCUGGUGAGCAUUGACCGCUACCUGGCCCUGGUGAAGACCAUGUCCAUGGGCCGGAUGCGCGGGGUGCGCUGGGCCAAGAUCUAUAGCCUGGUGAUCUGGGGGUGCACGCUGCUCCUGAGCUCACCCAUGCUGGCCUUCCGGACCAUGAAGGACUAUGGGGCCGAGGGCUACAAUGUCACCGCCUGUGUCAUCAUCUAUCCGUCCCGCAGCUGGGAGCUCUUCACCAACAUGCUCUUGAACUCUGUGGGCUUCCUGUUGCCGCUGGUGGUCAUCACCUUCUGCACCGUGCAGAUCAUGAAGGUGCUGCGCAACAACGAGAUGCAGAAGUUCAAGGAGAUCCAGACGGAGAGGAAGGCCACCAUGCUGGUGCUGGCCGUGCUGCUGCUGUUCGUGGCCUGCUGGCUGCCCUUCCAAAUCAGCACCUUCCUGGACACGCUGCUGCACCUCAACGUCCUGUCCGGAUGCUGGGAUGAGCACGUGGUGGAUGUCUUCACGCAGAUUGCCUCCUACCUGGCCUACAGCAACAGCUGCCUCAACCCGCUCGUCUACGUGAUCGUGGGCAAGCGCUUCCGCAAGAAGUCGCGGGAGGUGUUCCGGGGGCUGUGCCAGAAAGGGGGCUGCGUGUCGGAGUCCAACAAGACAGAGAACUCCAUGGGCACGCUACGGACCUCCAUCUCGGUUGAACGUCAGAUUCACAGACUCCCGGAGUGGGAGCGGAACAGUCAGUGAGGUCUGCCCCGUGGACUGUGGUUCACGGGUGUGGGGAUGGAGCUGCAGCUGCCCCUUCAGGAUGUGCCCGAGAGGGAGUGAAAGGCAUGCCACGUGUAUGACCUUGGGCAGUACAUCGUCGUCUCCGGUAAAACAGGCGCUUCAUUCCCACCCUGCCCAAGAUGCAGUGGGCGAGGCCGUGAGGAUGGGAUGACCUCGUGCACAGCCAAGGGCACCGUAAACACGACAGUAUUAUUGUUCCCAUUUGCUGCCACCCAUGGGCCAGUCUGCUGCUUCUCAGGAGUAGAGGGGCCCUGGGGACAAGGGACAGGAGUGACUGCGCUUCCCUCCCACGUGGUGUACCACCCUGCCCCAGCGUGAUGGCUCAGAUCUCUGGAUGAACUGCCACCCCAGCUUUGAGGCCAUGGCUAGGCACACAGGUGGGGGCCUGGCGGGAGUUUUGCCUUCGGUCCCUUAAAUCCACUCAGCCGGGACUCCCUGGUGGGAACCCGGAGAGCGGGAUUCCAUCACUUCCCCUGCCCACGGACAAGAUGGUCUGUGCCAAACAAGAACUCAAUAAGCACUUAGCACUUAUUUAGCAAUGGCUGUGUAUGCAAGUGUUGAGCACGGCGGGCAAGAGGGAAGAAAAACAAAAUAUAAUCUCCAUCUCGGAGGCACUUGCAAACUCGAAUAGGGAUGACUGAGCACUUCCAACCCCCAGAAGGCUGUUCUGAGACGUGGUGGAGCGAGGCACGCUGGUUGGCGCAGAGGAGAGGAGUGAGGAGCCUGACGCCCCAGCUCAGCUGAUAAUUAGUGGCAUGUCACUUAGCCCUGCCUGUUUCGUCUUCUGUGACACCAGCUUGUUGGGAGGACUAAAAGAUGUAACGGGCAUGGAAGUACUCUGGAGAAAGGAAAGGUGCUAUAUAAACGUGAGGCUUUCUUAGGCACACAGAAUGGAAAUAAAUUUAUUAUGAAGAAACGGA